AUGAUGGCUGGGGACAUGUUUCUUUUAGUUUUCAUCGUCCGUCUUCCCUGCUCUGGCUUGGAAGGUGAGGACAGUGUGAGAAUGCCUGAAUGUUUGUGUGACGGGUCGUCUUGUAUCAACGGGGAGCGGUGUUUCGGCCGGCAGUGCUUCACCUCCCUCUCCACACUUAAUGGGACUUCGGUGCUCCAGAAGGGCUGCAUUGUGGGUAAUGAAGCUGGGUCCUUGCGGUGCGAAAGCCCCCCAACUGCCGAGCUGGCGGUGGAGUGCUGCUAUGGGGAUUUGUGUAACAUGAACAUCUCAUUGCAGCCACAAGCGAAAGAUGUUGAGCCGUCUGCUGGCAGACCAGUCCUCAGAGACCAGGAGUGUUUUUGCGAGGGCGGCGUGUGUGAGCAUAAUCAUCGAUGCACAGGCCAGCACUGUUUCUCCUCUCUGAAGAUGAUUGAUGGGGCGGCUGUCCAACAGAAGGGCUGCCUGAGGGACGAUGAGGAGGGCAGAGCCACCUGUGCCACGCCACCCUCAUCGGCCCAUGUUGUCAAGUGCUGUCAGGGCCAUCUGUGUAACAUGAACGUCACUGUGCAAGCUCCAGGGAAAGAGGAGGAAGUGAAGCCCCUCGUGAAAGAGGAGCAUGAGUGUGUGUGUGAGGGCAGCUCAUGUGCAACAGGGAAUCGCUGCAUGGGCCACCAGUGUUUCUCAUCUCUGACCGUCAACGCCGGCUCCCUUGUGUACCAGAAAGGAUGCUUUAAGAUCUAUGAGCAGAGCACAUUGACCUGCAAGACCCCACCCUCCAGAGACCAGAUUGUGGAAUGCUGCCAUGGACGCCUGUGUAACAUGAACAGCACUGUGGAGCUACCUGUCAAAGCUGAAGAGCUAUCCAGCUACAGUGUGACCACGCUGGUUAUCGUCAUUGUGGCGCCCAUCAUCGCCCUCAUCAUCCUCUCUGGUAUCGCUAUUCUGGUGUUUAGACGCAUUCACAACAACCAAAUGGAGAGACUAACAUCUCGAGAUGCUGAAUAUGGAACAAUUGAUGGCCUCAUAGCAUCCAACGUGGGGGAGAGCACUCUGGCGGAUCUGCUGGAUCACUCCUGCACUUCAGGAAGUGGCUCAGGACUUCCCUUCCUUGUUCAGAGAACUGUCGCUCGACAAAUCACACUCAAUGAGUGUGUGGGUAAGGGCCGUUAUGGUGAAGUCUGGAGAGGCCAAUGGCAGGGAGAAAGUGUAGCCGUCAAAAUCUUCUCCUCCAGAGAUGAGAAGUCCUGGUUUCGAGAGACUGAGAUCUACAACACAGUACUGCUGAGACACGAGAACAUUCUGGGCUUCAUAGCUUCAGACAUGACUUCGAGGAACUCCAGUACACAGCUGUGGCUAAUCACUCACUUCCACGAGAUGGGCUCCUUAUAUGACUACCUUCAACUCAGCACCCUUGAAGCGUCCGGCUGCCUCCGUAUGGCACUCUCCAUCGCAAGCGGCCUGGCACAUCUCCAUGUCGAGAUCUUCGGCACUCAGGGCAAACCGGCCAUUGCCCACCGAGACCUGAAGAGCAAAAAUAUAUUGGUUAAAAAGAAUGGGCAGUGCUGCAUCGCUGACCUUGGUCUGGCAGUGAUGCAUUUUCAAGACACCAAUGAGUUGGAUGUGGGGAACAACCCGAAAGUGGGCACAAAGCGUUACAUGGCCCCAGAAGUGCUCGAUGACUCCAUUCAGAUGGACUGCUUUGAGUCUUACAAAAGAGUGGACAUCUGGGCCCUCGGCCUCGUCUUGUGGGAGAUCGCUAGGAGGACAGUCAGUAAUGGCAUCGUAGAAGACUACAAGCCACCUUUUCAUGACGUGGUCCCGAGUGAUCCAAGUUUUGAGGAUAUGAAGAAGGUUGUGUGUGUGGACCAGCAGAGGCCCAACAUCCCAAAUAGAUGGUUCUCAGACCCAACUUUAACCUCCAUGGCUAAACUCAUGAAGGAGUGCUGGUACCAGAAUCCAUCAGCCAGAUUAACAGCGUUACGCAUCAAAAAGACUCUCACAAAGAUCGACAACUCUCUGGACAAAAUAAAAACAGACAUUUGAGCCUGCCUUGAGGAGAAGGGGCACAAGCUAAACUAAAGGCCUUUGAAGACAUCCAGAGGGUGGACCAUCUAUAGAAAUAUCUGAAGACAAGAGACUUUGACUGGUUCAGUGCCCUUAUAGUGGCACAGACCUAUAUUUAUUUUAAAACACUUGGCGGGACACAUUUUGGCAUCCAAAGAUGACUUACCAGGCAUUUCUGCCAGUGGUCUUGGAAAUGGGAAAAUAUCUAUUCAUCUCAUAACAUAGGAGCUGGACUGUUAGCGAAGUUCUUCAAGGAAGAAACCGUUACCCGGGCAUUUGAGUAGACUUGCAUUUUUUUAGAUUGUGACACAUUUUCAGUUUGAACAAUGUCUGAACAUAUUAUGUUUAGCAAUUUCACGUUUUCUCUUUAAUUGUGCCGCAUUGUUCAUUUGCAUCGUGAUGGACUUAUUUGGAAAAGAAAUCAAGUUUAUCUGCGUACCUUCGUAAACGUGAAAGUGAUCAUAGCAAGGAGUGUUGCAGUAUCUUUUAAUUUGUUCCUCGUGCACUGCUGUUUACAAUGCUGUCAGAGAGUUCUUGGGGUUUAAUCAGUCCUGUAACAUUUAGUUGUAUACUACAUCAACGUUCUUUUCCUUAGAUAUCAUCUGACUAGUACUAGGUACUCUGCCACAAACCUUUUGUAUAUCACCGUAGAUUUUACAUUCAAUCAUGUACCUGUUCUAUGUUUUGUUUCUUCAGCUUUACAGAGACAAAUGCUAAAAGAACAAAUAAAAUAUCUGCUAGAUGAUGCUGAACUCUAUUCCUCCAGAGGCCUGUGAGUAAGCCUGUAAAGCCUGUAUACUGUCUUAACUCGUGCAUUGUUGUCUUAAUGCGUGCAUUGUCAAGUAAAUGAAGUCAAACUUCAGCCUUUUUUAAUUUCUUUAACAUUUUAUAUCAACUAGUGAUUUCUAUUGAUUAAAUAGAAAAACAAACUGUAUUUUAUCUGUCUCAUUUGUCUUGAUAAUGUAUCCAGGAGAUAUUUAUAUUUGUACUUUUGAUUACAAUGCUUAUUUUGUUUUUACUCUUCCUGGGCUUUGAUUUUCAUGAUGAUGACUACAGUUAGUGACUAAUAGUCUGUUCAUUAUUUAAGGUUUUUAACAUCCAACAAGUGAUGUUGGUCAUGUCAUUUGUAUUUUGGAAGCAUUUAUAGUUCCAAAUCAAACCCUAUCCUACCCCACAUUCCAACCACUCUAUUGUAAUUUAUAGAUCUAA